CCGAGCACAUUUGAGUGUUGCACACCGUUGUUUUGUUUACGUGCCCUGGGAAGCUAGCACAGCAAGCUACAAACAAACAACACAUUUAAACUUCUGAACUGCCGCCGAAGUGAAACAUAAUGAAACCCGCGGUGGAUGAGAUGUUUCCUGAAGGAGCUGGACCGUAUGUGGAUCUGGAAGAAGCAGGAGGCAGCAGCGGCCUGCUAAUGGACCUGGCAGCCAAUGAAAAAGCAGUGCACUCUGAUUUCUUUAACGACUUCGAGGAUCUUUUCGACGACGAUGACCUGCAGUGACGACAGCGUCUGCGUGUUUCUGUGAACUUGUAGAUAAGAAAAUGCAAACAGCUUAUCCUGAAGUUCUCUUGUACAGCCCGCCUCCUCCUCCUCCUCCUGCAUGUCACUCACCAUCAAACUGAAAUAAAGUCUUUUUGUUUUUACACAAAAAA